AUGUCCGGAGAAACACCGCCUGGCACUGCUAAUAACAAUAAUAUCGUUGAUCUUUUAUCAACAUUAAAUCCAACAGCUGCAGCUGCAUCAUCAUCAACAACAAACACAACAUCAUUGACACCAUCAACUAGUACAAUUCGCAAUGAUGAUAUCAAUGUUGAUUCAUCAGAUUUCGUUCCAGUUAAUCGUUUGCUUUCUCAACGACAAGCUAUAAACAAUGCAAAACAACUUGAGUCAUUACGAGAACAACAACAGCAACAACAGUUACAAAAUAUGGAGAUUGAUGAUCAACAAGCAUUUGAAGUAUCAUUUACUAAACACAGUAAUGCGUUUCAUACAUUAUUUGAAUUUUAUCAAGAUCAAAUUUUAUGUGAUGUUGAAAUAGUUUGUGAUGAUCAAACAUUUUUAUGCCAUAAAGUUGUCCUUGCUGCAACAAUUCCAUAUUUUCGUUCCAUGUUUACACUAGGAAUGCUUGAAGCUGAUAAACGUCGUAUUGAAAUUCAGGAUAUCAAUCGUAAUUCAUUAAAAACGAUUAUUGAAUUUGCAUAUACGGCUAAAGCAAUAAUAACAAUUGAUAAUGUACAGCAUUUAUUAUUUGCAUCAACAGUUUUACAAACAGAAGAUUUAGCUGAAGCAUGUUCAAGUUUUUUACGACAACAUUUAUCAUUAUCGAAUUGUACAGAAAUUCGUCAAUAUGCUGAAUUACUUAAUCGAAAAUCAUUAAUUGAUUUAGCUGAUGAAUAUAUUCGUGAUCAUUUUUUAGAAAUAAUUCAACUUGAUGAUUUUUAUAAAAUUUCCUAUAAACAUCUUAAAGAACUUAUUGCAUCACCAGAUUUAGGUAUUUUGGACGAAAAAGAUGUUUAUGAUGCUGUUAUUAGAUGGGUUAAACAUGAUUCAAGAGAGCGAGCAGUUCAUCUUGCUGAUUUAUUACAUGAAGUUAAAUUGCCAUUAAUUAAUACUGAAUAUUUAUUAACUGUGAUUGCACAAGAAGAAUUAAUUAAAACUAGUUUAACAUGUAGAGAUUUACUUGAUGAAGCCAAAGUUUAUAUUUUUAAAAAAGCUAAUCUUCUAACAACGAAAUCUCCGAUGGGACCAAAAAUCAUUCCAAGAAAAACAGCUGCAGGUGUUUUAUUAUGUGUGGGUGGUCGUGGUGCUACAGGUGAUCCAUUUAAAUCGGUGGAAUGUUAUGAUUUAAGACAUGAUCGGUGGUUUUAUAUAGCGGAAAUGACAACACGAAGACGUCAUGUUGGUGUGUGUGCUGUAAACGGUCGCGUUUAUGCCAUUGGUGGACAUGAUGGAAAUGUUCAUUUAAAUAGUGCUGAAGUAUUUGAUCCACAAACAAAUCGAUGGGAACCUCUUGCUCCAAUGAAUACAUGGCGUCGUGGUAUUGCUGUUGGUUGUCUUGGUGGUCCAUUAUAUGCUGUUGGCGGACUUGAUGACUCGACAUGUUUUGAUACUGUUGAACGAUAUGAUAUUGAACAUAAUACAUGGAGUACAGUAGCAUCUAUGUCCACAGCACGUGGUGGUGUAGCAGUAGCGGCACUUAAAGGCUAUCUAUAUGCUUGUGGGGGUAAUGACGGUAGUUCAUCACUGAAUUCAUGUGAGCGAUAUUGUCCAUCGUAUGACAAAUGGACACCGAUUGCUCCAAUGAAUAAACGAAGAGCAGGUGCAUCUGUAACUGUACUCAAUAAUAGACUGUUUAUACUUGGUGGUUUUGAUGACAAUUCACCGCUUGAUUCUGUUGAAUGUUUUGAUCCUGAUACAAAUCUUUGGACUAUGGUGCCGAAUAUGACAUCAUGCCGUGGUGGUGUUGGUUCGGCUACUUUGGGUGGUCGUAUCUAUUCUGUUGGCGGCCAUGAUGGUUCAACAUAUUUAAAAACAGUUGAAGCUUAUGAUACUGAAAAUCAACAGUGGACAGCAGUAGCCAGUAUCAAUAUCUGUCGAGCAGGUGCCGGUGUAUCCCAAUGUGACAUCAGUAUUUCACAGUUGUGUGAAGUAAAAAAUCCAACAAAUCCAUCUAGCUGUGUAUAG